AUGGUGCGCUUCGGGGACGAGCUGGGCGGCCGCUAUGGCGGCGCCGGCGGCGGGGAGCGGCCGGGGCGCGGCGGGGGCGCGGGGGGCGCGGGGGCCCCGCCGGGCGCGCGCGGGCUGUACAAGCAGUCGAUCGCGCAGCGCGCGCGCACCAUGGCGCUGUACAACCCGAUCCCGGUCAAGCAGAACUGCCUCACCGUCAACCGCUCGCUCUUCGUCUUCAGCGAGGACAACGUCGUCCGCAAAUACGCCAAGCGCAUCACCGAGUGGCCUCCGUUCGAGUACAUGAUCCUGGCCACCAUCAUCGCCAACUGCAUCGUGCUGGCGCUGGAGCAGCACCUGCCUGACGGCGACAAGACGCCCAUGUCCGAGCGGCUGGACGACACGGAGCCCUACUUCAUCGGCAUCUUCUGCUUCGAGGCGGGCAUCAAGAUCAUUGCGCUGGGCUUCGCCUUCCACAAGGGCUCCUACCUGCGCAACGGCUGGAAUGUCAUGGACUUCGUGGUGGUGCUCACGGGGAUCCUGGCCACGGCGGGCACCGACUUCGACCUGCGCACCCUGCGGGCCGUGCGCGUGCUGCGGCCGCUGAAGCUCGUGUCCGGGAUUCCCAGCUUGCAGGUGGUGCUCAAGUCCAUCAUGAAGGCCAUGGUCCCGCUGCUGCAGAUCGGGCUGCUGCUCUUCUUCGCCAUCCUCAUGUUCGCCAUCAUCGGCCUGGAGUUCUACAUGGGCAAGUUCCACAAGGCCUGCUUCCCCAACAGCUCGGAGGUCACGGACCCGGUGGGCGACUUCCCCUGCGGCCAGGAGGCGCCGGCGCGGCUGUGCGAGGGCGACACCGAGUGCCGGCUGUACUGGCGCGGCCCCAACUUCGGCAUCACCAACUUCGACAACAUCCUGUUUGCCAUCCUGACCGUGUUCCAGUGCAUCACCAUGGAGGGCUGGACCGACAUCCUCUACAACACGAACGACGCAGCCGGCAACACCUGGAACUGGCUGUACUUCAUCCCUCUCAUCAUCAUCGGCUCCUUCUUCAUGCUGAACCUGGUGCUGGGCGUGCUGUCCGGCGAGUUUGCCAAGGAGCGCGAGCGCGUGGAGAACCGCAGGGCCUUUCUGAAGCUCCGCAGGCAGCAGCAGAUCGAGCGGGAGCUCAACGGCUACCUGGAGUGGAUCUUCAAGGCAGAGGAGGUCAUGCUGGCUGAGGAAGACAAAAACGCGGAGGAGAAGUCCCCGUUGGACGUGCUGAAGCGGGCGGCCACCAAGAAGAGCCGCAACGACCUGAUCCAUGCAGAGGAGGGUGAGGACAGGUUCGCGGACCUGUGCGCUGUGGGCUCCCCCUUCGCCCGUGCCAGCCUCAAGAGCGGGAAGACGGAGAGCUCGUACUUCCGCCGGAAGGAGAAGCUGUUCCGGUUCCUGGUGCGGCGCAUGGUGAAGGCGCAGAGCUUCUACUGGGCCGUGCUGUGCGUGGUGGCCCUGAACACGCUGUGUGUGGCCAUGGUGCACUACGACCAGCCGCAGCCGCUCACCACUGCGCUGUACUUUGCAGAGUUUGUUUUCCUGGGUCUCUUCCUCACAGAGAUGUCUCUGAAGAUGUACGGUCUGGGACCCAGGAGCUACUUCCGGUCCUCCUUCAACUGCUUCGACUUUGGGGUCAUCGUGGGCAGCAUCUUUGAGGUGGUCUGGGCGGCCAUCAAGCCAGGCACCUCCUUCGGGAUCAGCGUGUUGCGGGCGCUCCGGCUGCUGCGCAUCUUCAAGGUCACCAAGUACUGGAACUCGCUGCGGAACCUGGUGGUGUCGCUGCUCAACUCCAUGAAGUCCAUCGUCAGCCUGCUCUUCCUGCUCUUCCUGUUCAUCGUGGUCUUCGCUCUGCUGGGCAUGCAGCUGUUCGGGGGCCAGUUCAACUUCAGGGACGAGACGCCAACCACCAACUUUGACACCUUCCCCGCUGCCAUCCUCACUGUCUUCCAGAUCCUGACCGGCGAGGACUGGAACGCCGUCAUGUACCACGGCAUCGAGUCCCAGGGCGGCGUGAGCAAGGGCAUGUUCUCCUCCGUCUACUUCAUCGUCCUCACGCUCUUCGGGAACUACACCCUGCUGAACGUCUUCCUGGCCAUUGCUGUGGACAACCUCGCCAACGCCCAGGAGCUGACCAAGGACGAGGAGGAGAUGGAGGAGGCGGCCAAUCAGAAGCUCGCCCUGCAGAAGGCCAAGGAGGUGGCGGAAGUCAGCCCCAUGUCUGCCGCCAACAUCUCCAUCGCUGCCAGGCAGCAGAACGCGGCCAAGGCGCGCUCGGUGUGGGAGCAGCGGGCCAGCCAGCUGCGGCUGCAGAACCUGCGGGCCAGCCGCGAGGCGCUGUACAGCGAGAUGGGCCCCGAGGAGCGGCUGCGCUUCGCCACCUCGCGCCGCCUGCGGCCCGACAUGAAGACGCACCUGGACCGGCCACUCGUGGUGGAGGCCCCCGGCCACGCUGGCCCGCGGGGGCCCCCGGGGUGCAAGGCCCGGCCUGAGGGCGCAGAGGGCGCCGACCAGCCCCGCAGGCACCACCGGCGCCGGGACAGGGACAGGGGCAGGGACAAGGCCCCGCAGCCCGAGGAGCAGGACCGGGCGGAGGUCCCGGAGGCCGAUGGCGCUGAGCCUACCCCGGGGGACCAGCGGCCUAGGCCUCACCGCAGCCGCAGCAAGGAUGCCGCGUGUCCCCGAGGCCGGGGGGAGCGGGCCCGCGGCCCGGGGCCCGAGGGCGGCCGGCGCCACCACCGGCACGGCUCCCCAGAGGACCUGGGUGAACGGGAGCCCCGCCGCCACCGGGGCCACCGGCACGGGCCCGAGCCAGGCAAGGAGGGCGCGGCCCCGGCCGCGAAGGGCGAGCGGCGGGCCCGGCACCGCGGCCCCAGGCCCGGCCCCCGGGAGGCGGAGAGCGGGGAGGAGCCGGCCCGGCGGCACCGGACUCGGCACAAGGGCCCGCCCGCACAUGAGGCCCCAGACAAGGAGGGCGAGCCCGAGGACAAGGACAGAGACCGGGAGCUCCGGAACCACCAGCCCAAGGAGCUGCACUGUGACCUGGAGGUCGGCGGGAUGAUGGGUGUGGGCCCUGGGCACACGCUGCCCAGCACCUGUCUCCAGAAGGUGGAGGAGCAGCCGGAGGACGCGGAUAACCAGCGGAACGUCUCCCGGAUGGGCAGUCAGCCCUCGGACCCGAGUGCCUCUGCUCACAUCCCCGUGACACUGACCGGCCACCCCGGGGAGACCACAGUCCUUCCCAGCGGCCCCGCGGACCUCGAGAGCCAGGCGGAGGGGAAGAAGGAGGCGGCGGCCGACGGGGAGCCGAGGAGCGGCCCGCGCCCCAUCGUGCCCUACAGCUCCAUGUUUUGCCUGAGCCCCACCAACCUGCUCCGCCGCUUCUGCCAUUACAUCGUCACCAUGCGGUACUUCGAGAUGGUCAUCCUCGUGGUCAUCGCCCUGAGCAGCAUUGCCCUGGCUGCCGAGGACCCCGUGCAGGCCGACUCGCCCAGGAACAACGUUCUGAAGUACAUGGACUACAUUUUCACAGGCGUCUUCACCUUCGAGAUGGUGAUAAAGAUGGUGGACCUGGGUCUGCUGCUGCACCCUGGGGCCUAUUUCCGGGACCUGUGGAACAUUCUGGACUUCAUCGUGGUCAGUGGGGCCCUGGUGGCCUUCGCCUUCUCAGGGUCCAAGGGGAAGGACAUCAACACCAUCAAGUCGCUGCGAGUCCUCCGCGUGCUGCGGCCCCUCAAGACCAUCAAGCGGCUGCCCAAGCUCAAGGCGGUGUUCGACUGCGUGGUGAACUCGCUCAAGAACGUGCUCAACAUCCUCGUGGUCUAUGUGCUGUUCAUGUUCAUAUUCGCUGUCAUCGCGGUGCAGCUCUUUAAGGGCAAGUUCUUCUACUGCACCGACGAGUCCAAGGAGCUGGAGCGGGACUGCAGGGGCCAGUACCUGGACUACGAGAAGGAGGAGGUGGAGGCCCAGCCCCGGCAGUGGAAGAAGUAUGACUUCCACUACGACAACGUGCUGUGGGCCCUGCUGACGCUCUUCACAGUGUCCACGGGGGAGGGCUGGCCCAUGGUGCUGAAGCACUCCGUGGACGCCACCUACGAGGAGCAGGGCCCCAGCCCCGGGUACCGCAUGGAGCUGUCCAUCUUCUACGUGGUCUACUUCGUGGUCUUCCCCUUCUUCUUUGUCAACAUCUUCGUGGCCUUGAUCAUCAUCACCUUCCAGGAGCAGGGCGACAAGGCCAUGUCGGAAUGCAGCCUGGAGAAGAACGAGAGGGCCUGCAUCGACUUCGCCAUCAGCGCCAAGCCGCUGACGCGCUACAUGCCAAGGAACAAGCAGUCCUUCCAGUACAAGGCCUGGGCUUUCGUGGUCUCACCGCCCUUCGAGUACUUCAUCAUGGCCAUGAUCGCCCUCAACACGGUGGUGCUGAUGAUGAAGUUCUACGACGCGCCCUACCAGUACGAGCUGAUGCUGAAGUGCCUGAACGUGGCCUUCACAUCCGUGUUCUCCCUGGAGUGCGUGCUGAAGAUCGUCGCCUUUGGGGCGCUGAACUACUUCAGAGAUGCCUGGAACGUCUUCGACUUCGUCACGGUGCUGGGGAGCAUCACCGACAUCCUGGUGACCGAGAUCGCGAACAACUUCAUCAACCUCAGCUUCCUGCGCCUCUUCCGCGCAGCCCGGCUCAUCAAGCUCCUGCGCCAGGGCUACACCAUCCGCAUCCUGCUCUGGACCUUCGUGCAGUCCUUCAAGGCCCUACCCUACGUGUGCCUGCUCAUCGCCAUGCUGUUCUUCAUCUACGCCAUCAUCGGCAUGCAGGUUUUUGGAAACAUUGCCCUGGAUGACGAGACCAGCAUAAACCGGCACAACAACUUCCGGACAUUUCUACAGGCCUUGAUGCUGCUGUUCAGGAGCGCCACUGGGGAGGCCUGGCACGAGAUCAUGCUGUCCUGCCUCAGCAACCAGGCCUGUGACGAGCGCUCCAAUGCCAGCGAGUGCGGGAGCGACUUCGCCUACUUCUACUUCGUCUCCUUCAUCUUCCUUUGCUCCUUCCUGAUGCUGAACCUCUUCGUGGCUGUGAUCAUGGACAACUUCGAGUACCUGACGCGAGACUCCUCCAUCCUAGGGCCUCACCACCUGGACGAGUUCAUCCGGGUCUGGGCCGAGUAUGACCCGGCCGCCAGCGGGCGCAUCAGCUACGACGACAUGUUCGAGAUGCUGAAGCACAUGUCGCCGCCCCUGGGGCUGGGGAAGAAGUGCCCGGCGCGCGUGGCCUACAAGCGCCUGGUGCGCAUGAACAUGCCCAUCUCCAGUGAGGACAUGACCGUCCACUUCACAUCCACCCUGAUGGCCCUCAUUCGGACUGCGCUGGACAUCAAGCUGGCCCCAGCUGGCACUAAGCAGCAGCAGUGCGACGCGGAGCUGAGGAAGGAGAUUGCGUGUGUGUGGGCCAGCCUGCCCCAGAAGACGCUGGACCUGCUGGUGCCGCCCCACAAACCCGACGAGAUGACAGUGGGGAAGGUCUACGCCGCCCUGAUGAUCUUCGAUUUCUACAAGCAGAACAAGAGCACCAAAGACCAGAGUCACCAGGCGCCCGGAGGCCUGUCCCAGCUGCAGAUGGGCCCUGCGUCCCUGUUCCACCCGCUGAAGGCCACGCUGGAGCAGACGCAGCCGGCCGUGCUCCGGGGAGCCAGGGUUUUCCUUCGGCAGAAGAGCUCGGCCUCCCUCAGCAACGGAGGCGCCGUACAGAGCCAGGAGGGCGGCAUCAAGGAGUCUGCUUCCUGGGGCACCCAGCGGACGCAGGAGCCGGCCUGCGAGGCCAAGGCGCCCCUGGGCCGCGGCCACUCCACCGAGAUCCCAGUGGCGCAGCCGGGGAAACAAGCUGGGGAGGUCCAGAUGCAGAGUGUGGCCCUGAGAGACGCUGAUGGGGAGCCCCACCCCGGCCUGGAGAGCCAGGGCCGGGCGGCCUCCAUGCCCCGCUUGGCCGCGGAGACGCAGCCGGCGCCCGACGCCAGCCCCAUGAAGCGCUCGGUGUCCACGCUGGCGCCCCCGCGGCCGCGCGCGCCCCCCCCCUGCGGCGCCCCCGAGCGCGCGCCCGGCGCGGCCGCCCCGCACCACCACCACCGCUGCCACCGCCGCCGCGAGCGCAAGCAGCGGCCGCUGGACCGGGGCCCGGGCCCGGCCGACGCCGACGGUGCCCCCGCUGGCGCCGGCGCCGCGGGGCCCGGGCCGCCCCCGCCCAGGGCCGCCGGAGGAGGCCGGCGCGAGCGCAGGCAGGAGCGCGGCCGCUCCCAGGAGCGCAGGCAGCCGUCGUCCUCGUCCUCCGACAAGCAGCGCUUCUACUCCUGCGACCGCUUCGGGGGCCGCGCCCCGCCGCCCAAGCCCGGCCUCAGCAGCCACCCCACGUCGCCCACGGCCGGGCCGGAGCCGGGCCCGCCCCAACAGGGUAGCGGCUCAGUUAAUGGGAGCCCCUUGCUGUCAACAUCUGGUGCUAGCACUCCAGGUCGCGGUGGGAGGCGGCCUCCCCAGACCCCCCUGACCCCCCGCCCCAGCAUCACCUACAAGACGGCCAACUCCUCGCCCGUCCACUUCUCGGGGGCGCAGAGCAGCCUCCCCGCCUUCUCCCCCGGCCGGCUCAGCCGCGGCCUUUCCGAACACAACGCCCUGCUCCAGAGGGACCCCCUGGGCCAGCCCCUGGCCCCCAGCUCCCGGAUUGGCUCCGACCCUUACCUGGGGCAGCGGCUGGACGGCGAGGCCGCUGCCCGCACCCAGCCCGAGGACACGCUCACCUUCGAGGAGGCGGUGGCCACCAACUCGGGGCGCUCCUCCCGGACUUCCUACGUGUCCUCCCUGACGUCCCAGCCGCACCCGCUGCGCCGUGUGCCCAACGGCUUCCACUGCACGCUGGGGCUCGGCGCGGGCGGCCGGGCGCGGCACAGCUACCACCACCCCGACCAGGACCACUGGUGCUAG